AUGGUGAUGUUUCGUGAGGCCUUAGAAACAAAUGAAUUAUUUGAUAUGGGAUAUGUGGGAGACUGUUUUACAUGGAGUAAUGGUCAUGAUGACCAUACUUUUACAAAGGAAAGACUUGACAGGUAUGUGGCAAACAAGGAAUGGAGAGGGAGGUUCCAUUUAGUAAAGGUGGAAGGUUUGGUUGCCAAAAGCUCAGACCACAAACCUAUUUUAAUGAUGGCAAGGAAUGAAAGAUAUAGGGAGACGAGAAGGAGGUUUCUAUUUAAAUUCAAAGCAAGUUGGUUAAGGCAAGAGGAUUGUGAGAUGGUGGUGAAAAAAGUUUGGGAGAGGAAACAGCUAACACUUGAACCCAUCAAGCAGCAGAAUUUGUUGCAAAGAUGUAGUGGUGAGCUAACAAAGGACUUCAAAAAGAGGGAUAGGGAAAGGGGAGGAAACAUAGAGCUGCUAUCAAAAUAG